GCGGCCUAUAGUGGAUUAUCUUAUAAUUUCCUUUCGCUUUUGUAGUGAUUUUGCCAGAAAAUUACACAACGUAGUCAGAAUUAAUAUCGCCGCCGUCAGACUCCGGAUUUCCGGCGAGGAAAAGAUAAAUUACAUAUUGCUUAAUUACCAGUUAUUCUCGAGCAUACUGCGUUCUUAUUUUCGCUUCAGAUCUGUCGAAGCUCCGCAGCAUAAUUGAGAAACUUGUUCAAUUGAAUUUGUUUCGUGAAAAAGUUAGGUGAAUUAUUGUCCAGUUCAGUGCAAUUUGGUUGGAAUUGAAGGGGCUUGUUAUGCAUCUUAUGUAGUUGAUGCAUGUAAUGGAAGGGGGAGUAGGAUCAGGAGUGUUGAAGAAGAAGAGCUCGUCUGGAUGGUUGAUUAUUAAAAAGGCAAGCGCGAAUAAGAGCGUCGGGGGAGGAUUGGGGGGUUUUGGUGACAGCAGUAGUAAGGGGAAAAAGAGGAGUAGAUUGGUUGCUAGUGGAUCGGAUUCGAGUUCGAGGUCGAGUAGUGAUGAUGACGAGUCUUUGGAGCUUAUGAGAAGAAAAAUGAGCGAGAAGAGGUUGAAGGGCUCAGCGGGGUGUAAGAGGAAUGAGGAGGUUAGUGCUGAGAAGCAGAGGAGUAGGUUGGAUUUGUUUGAGUUCGAUGAGUAUGAUGAGUUUGAAUUUGAUGGGAAGAAGAUGAGGAAUGAGCAUACGCAGGAUAGAUUCAAGAGGGUUGGGAGGAAUGAUGGCGGUGAUGUGAAGGAGCAGAAACAUGGUUCGUAUUUCAAUGGCUCUAGUAGUGGAAGGAGUAAGAAUGCAGGGGGCAGUGGCGUGAGGAGUAAAGGAUUUGGUUCGUCUGAUGAUGAAGCACACAUGCCGAUUUCUUUGUUGAAGACGAAAUAUAAGGAGACGGCUGGUGAGUCGAUCAGACUGCAGGGGAAGAACGGGGUGCUGAAGGUUAUGGUUAAUAAGAAGAAAAGGAUGGAUGUUCCUUCUCAGCAUAAGAAUCUUGAACCUUUGGUGGCGGAUUUACCUGUUUAUUCGGAUUCAAAGACAUCAAAAAGUCGAGGCUUGAUAGUUGGCAAGGAAAGAAGUGGUGGGAAGGGGAAAGAGGAGAUAAAGUUGGAAAAGGUGAAUCCUACUCCAAACAAAAAAAGGAAGGCUAGAGAUUCAGGUGUUGAUGAGAUUGAUGAAGUGUUGGCAACGCCCAGACCUCAAGCUUGUAGCUCAAAGAAAGCAGUGAAGAAGGAGGCAGAAAGGUCUCCAAGCACUGAAAUUUCGCCUCCUGUUAAAGGCAAGGAAGGUAAAGAAAGCAACGCAAAGCGUAGUGGAAAUACUGAAAAGCAAAUGUUGCGUGAGAAGAUAAGAGGGAUGUUGAUCGAUGCAGGAUGGAGUAUAGAUUAUAGACCAAGACGAAACAGAGAUUACUUAGAUGCUGUGUACAUCAACCCUGGUGGAACGGCCUACUGGUCGAUUAUCAAGGCUUAUGAUGCGUUUAAGAAGCACUUGGAUGAAGACGGAGAUAAAGUAAAAGCAAAGGUCGGUUCCCCCUCAUUUGCUCCUCUGUCUGAAGAUCUGAUAAAUAAACUUACGAGACAAACCAAAAAGAAAAUUGCUGAAGAAUUGAAGAGAAAGAGAAAGAAAGAGAGCAUGACUAAGAGUGCUAAGAAAUCUGCUGUAAAAGAGGAUGGGGACAGCUCAGAUGAUGAUGAUCAGAGUGAGGAGCGGUUAAGUCCUUAUAUGAAACAGAAUCAGAAGUUGCGGGGAAAGUCAGGUAAAGUGGAUCAAGAUAGUGGCGUUGAUUUAAGUGAUGAUUCACUCGAUAGGAAGCCAAGGAAAGUAAAAUUUGGAAAACCUUCCGCUUCUUCCAAGUCUAAUCCUGUACAGGGAAGAACAAGUAAAGUAAUUGGGAGAUGUACCCUCCUGGUCCGUGGUUCUGACCGGGGCGAUAACUCAGACUAUGAUGGAUAUGUUCCAUAUGGGGGGAAAAGGACAGUUUUGGCUUGGCUAAUUGACUCUGGGACAGCAAAGUUAAGUGAAAAGGUGCAGUAUAUGAACCGCAGAAGGACAAAGGUUAUGUUAGAAGGUUGGAUCACAAGAGAGGGAAUUCACUGUGGUUGCUGUAGUAAAAUCCUUACUGUCUCCAAAUUUGAGCUGCAUGCUGGCAGCAAGCUGCGUCAGCCGUUCCAAAAUAUAUUUUUGGAGUCUGGAUCCUCCCUUUUGCAGUGCCAAAUUGAUGCGUGGAACAGUCAAGAGGAGUCCUUGCAUCGGGAUUUCUUCACUGUUGAUGUGGAUGGAGAUGAUCCAGAUGACGAUACAUGUGGUAUUUGUGGUGAUGGAGGGGACUUGAUCUGUUGUGAUAGUUGCCCAUCAACUUUUCAUCAAAUCUGUUUAGGAAUACAGAUGCUUCCUUCAGGUGAUUGGCACUGUCCAAACUGUAUAUGCAAAUAUUGCGGACUUGCCAAUGAAAAUAUAGCUGAAGAAAAUGAUACUAGUUGCGGUGAACUUAAUAGAUGCAAUGUUUGUGAGAAAAAAUAUCACAACUCAUGCAUUGAGAGGGCACACCUGCAACCAAGUUCUUGCUGUGCAUCUUUCUGUGGACCGAAGUGCCAAGAGAUAUAUAGCCACAUACAGAAGAUUCUUGGAGUCAAACACGAAUUGGAAGCUGGAAUAACAUGGUCCAUUAUUCAACGAUCAGAUGUGUCAGAUGCAUCGCAAUGUGGAUUUCCUUCAAGGGUCGAAUGCAACUCUAAGUUAGCUGUUGCAUUGUCUGUAAUGGACGAGUGUUUUUUGCCUAUCAUUGACAGGAGAAGUGGGAUAAAUAUAAUACAUAACGUGGUCUACAAUUACGGAUCAAAUUUCAAUCGUCUGAAUUAUCGUGGAUUUUAUACAGCAAUAUUGGAACGAGGUGAUGAAAUAUUAGCCGCAGCAUCAAUCAGGCUCCAUGGAGAUCGUCUUGCUGAGAUGCCAUUUAUUGGGACUCGUGAGAUCUAUAGGCGUCAAGGAAUGUGUCGCCGACUUUUAUCCUCAAUUGAAACUGAACUCAGUUCUCUCAAGAUCAGGCAAUUGAUCAUUCCUGCCAUAUCGGAGCAUUUGAACACAUGGACCGCCGUAUUUGGUUUCGAGGAACUCGAGGGUGCCCUUAAGAAAGAAAUCAAGUCCAUGAAUAUGUUGGUGUUUCCGGGGACGGAUAUGCUGCAGAAACAGUUAGCAAAGCAAGAAAAUUCCGAUGGUGUCAUGGUUUCUGAGCCAACUACAAACCAACCUCCAUCGCCUGCUUUGGUUGAGAAAUCUGAGGCUAGUUUGUCUGAGGAACAGAAUAGACAGGCGAGCAGCGAUUCUGGGGGAUGCCCGACCUCCAAGAGCAUUGAUGAUGUUGAUGCUCUGGUUUCAGCAUCUCCCAUACCAGCCAUUCCUUCAGAUGCUGUGUGUGAAAACAAGCAGAAAGAGUCCUCUGAUAAUUUGAAGUGCCUCAUCUCUGGAGACAGUAACGUCUCCAAUGAGGGGCACAGAUCGAUAGAACCUUUUGAAGAUAAUGAUUCCAUCCCACCAGUGAAGGCUGUAGAAAAGGAUGGGUGCAAAAUCAAGGAUUCUAGAACUCCAACUUGCUCGGAGAAUGCUUCUGAAGAUGCCCCCCUGUCAAAAACUGUAAGUGGUGGUUGUGUUGGAUCAUUGCCUUCCCCUGUUUCGGAUGUUUCUGCGGAAGUUAACAAUGGAACUUCAAAUGGCGACAAUGAAGAAAGUGUUGUGCCAUCAAAUGCCAACUCGGAUCAUGAGGUGUUUGAUGCAAAAACCGAUGGUGUCGAUCCAGGUGUCGUCCAGGACACCCCUGUCCGUACGGAAAGUGAUAAACUCGACAUAGAUGUGAAACUUGAUGGUGUCGAUCCAGACAUUGUCCAGGUCACCCCUGAUCGCACUGAAAUUGCUAAACUCAAUGUGGAUGCAAAAACCAAUGGUGUCGAUCCAGGUGUCGUCCAGCACACCCCUGAUCUCACUGAAAGUGAUAAAUCCGACGCAGAUGCCAAAACCAACGGUGUCUAUCCAAGUGUCGUCCAUGACAUUCCUGAUUGCACGGAAAGUGAUAAACCCAACAUAGAUCCCAAAACCAAUGGUGUUGAUCCAAUUGUCAUCCGUGACACUCCAGAUUGCACGGAAAUUGAUAAGCCCGACAUAGAUCCCAAAACCAAUGGUGUUGAUCCAAGUGUCGUCCAGGUCACUCCUGAUUGCAUGGAAAGUGAUAAACCUGACGGAGAUCCCAAAACCAAUGUUGUUGAUCCAAGUGUUGUCCAGGGCACUCCUCCCGAUUGCACUGAAAGUGAUAAACCCAACGGAGAUGCAAAAACCGAUGGCAUUGAUCCAGGCACCAAACCCGAUAGAGAUGCAAAAACUGAUGGCAUCGAUCCAGGUGUCGUCCAGGACGAACCCGAUCGUGCUGAAAGUGAUAAACCCCACGGAGAUGCAAAAAAUGAUGGUAUUGAUCCAGGCGCCAAACCCGACAGAGAUGCAAAAACUGAUGGCAUCGAUCCAGGUGUCGUCCAGGACGCACCCCGAUCGUGCUGAAAGUGACCAACCGAUCCAACCCGAUGGCGAUACAAAAACUGGUGGCGUCUUUGUCAAGGACACUCGUGACCACUGAUGAACCCAGCAGAGAAAGCUAGACGUCGCCUCAGGAUGUUGCAGCAAUGAAGAACCAUGCCUGGUGAUCAUACCGUUGGAGCCACUCUGAAAUCAUAGAAGGUUUCAGGUCACACAUGAAGAUGAUGACCGGAGCAUGAGAUUGAGGUUUGCAACAUUUAUAUAUGAUGCCACAUAAAAAAAGUGAUGACAAUAAUAAUAAUAGGGGUUGAAGAUUAUGGCCUUAAUUAUUUUUGUGAUAAUUUUAGUAGUAGUAGAAUAGUAGUAGUAGUGUGUGUAUGUUGUAGAUGAUUUUUGGGGGAAAGCCAUUUUUAAAGGAGCAACACCUAAUUUUCAGAUACUGUGGUUUCUCUGUUGUUACAUUUUGUGACUUUUUAUAUAGUUUUCCAACAUAUUGAUACUUGACGAUUUA